GGUGUUUGUAGAUAUCAAAGGAUACAAGUGCAUGGUCAAUAUAGUACUGUUUUGAUAUGAAAGGCUGUUGUUUGCCAGCUGGCAAAGGGUAGCUUGUGUUACUUGGCACCUGGUGGUAUUGCCAGCUGUGCCAGUUGUCAAUAAUGCGGGCUUGGGUAGAGGUCUCCGCGUUCUGUGUUUGUUAUUUCGCUUGCAUCGUUGUUUUAAAUAUUUCCAUGCACUCAGGAAUUUGGUCUCUGUAAACUUCAAGUUUCACCGGCGGAUUAGUACAAAUGGUAGGAGCACCCCCUCCUACCCGUCCCAAGGGCAAAAACCGACUCAAGGCUCGAACCGUGCAAAAGAGACGGGAGAUAGUUCCCAAAUUUUGGACUGAGCCUAUGGGAGAUACAAUCAACUUCAUUGAUUGGAACUCUCUCAAAACCACGGAUCCGGAGAACGCUCGAAUUGUGGACUGUCGUCAUGUUGCAUCCUUCAACUGGCUGAACAAGAAGACGCCGACGAUUGUCAUCCCAGGGAUGCCACGAGCAUGGACCCCUCUUUCUUAGCC